AUGUCCAUCUCCGUCGUCGCCGAGGCACGCGUCUUUCCGGCGUCGCGCGCCGCCGGGGCGCUGGAGGAGCACACGGCACCGCUCUCGAUCCUCGACGCCACCGUCACCAACUUCACGCCUACCGAGACAGUGCUAGCCUACGCCGCGCCCGCCCCAGCGCCCGCUUCUCUUAGUGCAGCGUUACGCCACGUGCUAGAUGCGUAUCCGCAGUGGUGCGGCCGUCUACACUUUCUACCCUUCGACGCUGUAGCGCGCCGCUACGGCCGCCUAGCUCUAACUUGGGGCCGUCCCGACGACCCAGGCGUAGCCUUCGUCGAGGCUCGCUGUAGCGUCGCGCUCACUAGCGUCGCUCCGGCCCGAGCCGAAAGCGAUCUCGUUUGGGACCCGUCGAGCUUUCCGGCCGCCCAGCUGGUGCCCACUACGCCACUAGCCGCACCGGCCGACGCCUCGCCGCACCCGGCCGUCUUGGUACAAGUCACGACCUUCAGCUGCGGCGGGUUAGCUGUUGGCCUCCGCCUCGCGCACCCGCUCGCAGACGCCCACGCGCUCGCGCUGUUUAUACACGACUGGGCCGCCGCAGCCCGCAGCCUUCCACCGCCCGCCCCCGGCCCGCUCUUCAAUCCUGGGCUCCUCGACGCCCGCGCGGCGCCGCACGCUUCAGCCCUGCCGUGCAAUCGCUUCGACUGGUGGAUCUCCAAUGCUGGCAGCCCCCUGCCGCCCGUCGAAGCUCCCGUCGAGCUUCGCGACGGGCCGCUCGACCCGCCCGGUACGCCCAUGCCCUGGGCUGACUGGGACCUAACGGCGCCCGUCGCCCACCGCGUGCUCCACUUCGGCGGCGCUGAGCUGCUGCGAAUGUGGCAAGCCGCCACUCGCGACGCCGGCGACGUCCGUAUCAGCCGCCUCGACGCCUUGAUGGGCCACGUCUGGUCGCGCGUCUGCCACGCGCGGGGCCAGGCCGACAGCGACGAGCCGGUGACGCUCGACUACUCGCUGGGCGUGCGGGCGCGGCUCGACCCGCCACUGCCCGACCGCUUCGUAGGCUCGCCUCUGGUCAUCGCCGCCGCGACGGCACCGGCGCGGGACGUGUGCUCGGCGGCGACCAAGGCCAGCCUGCUGCUACGCGCAACCGUUGCCGCCUUUACGCCCGCCGCCGUCGCGGGGCACCUGGCGGCUAAGCUGCAAGAGCAGAGCCCCCAGCGUCUCUGGCAGGCCUUUCUGGGGCGUAGGCACCUGCUCGUCACUUCGUGGAUCCAUACGCGCCUGUAUCAUGUUGAUUUUGGUACCGGCAGCCGCCCGCGUCUCGUCCAUGCCGCCAUGCCGCGCAUGGAUGGGCUCGUGCAGCUGAUGGAGGCCCCGCCCGCGAAGAGCGUGCAGCAGCCUCCCAAGCACUGGGCUGACAAUGGCGUUGACGUUCAGAUAUAUCUAGCCGCUGACACGAUGGAAACACUUCUCCAGGACCCGGAGCUCAGGAAAUACCGGGAGUAG